AAGGAAGGAAGGAAGGAAGGAAGGAAAGGCAGCCGAGAGAGCGCAGCCCCACCUGAGACCCCUUUCUCCCUCCAGAUUUACCCGGAUCCCGACCUGGAGGCCCAGGUGCUGAGCCUGAGCAUCAGGUGUAUCCACAGUGAGGAGGGCUGUCGCUGGACUGGCACCGUCCGCCAUUUGCAGGCCCACCUGGGGACCUGCAGCUUCAACGUGGUGCCCUGCCCCAACCGCUGUGGGGCCAAGCUGAGCCGCCGGGACCUGCCCCCCCACCUGCAGCACGACUGUCCCCAGAGGCACCUCCAGUGCGAAUUCUGCCGGGCUGACUUCACGGGGGAAGCCUUCGAGAACCACCAGGGGGUCUGCCCCCAGGAGAGCGUCUACUGCGAAAACAAGUGUGGGGCGCGCAUGAUGCGCCGGCUGCUGUCCCA